CUGUGGUGCAUGACGCUCACGAACCCGUCGCUGCGACCGGCGUUCGUCUCCCUCAUUCCUCGCGUACAGGCUUCAUCGACUUUCAGACCGCUACGCUCACCAUCUUCACAACUCAUCACUCUACGCACUGACGCCAUUGGCGCGCCCACCUUUCACCCGCGCGAACUCUACUCGUACGUCACUGACGUAUCACUGAAGCCGGAAGACCGACCUUCGGCCAGCCCACCAUCUCGACUUCUUGGCAUCACACGACCAAACGCGGCCUACCCCAGUGCCAGCACUCAGCUCCUUGUUUGUACAUCUUGCGCUCAACAUCUCCAUCGUCUCAUAGAGGCCGAAGCAAGCAGAUCAGCUCACAUGUCUCGAUCUGGAGGGCUUAACUCGAUGGAUGACGGCCAAAAAGUGAUCCGCGUGUCAGCGCAGGAUGGAAAGAGCGGCGAGCCGCGUGAGCUGGCUUACACGAAUUGCAAGCUGAUCGGCAAUGGAUCCUUUGGUGUGGUCUUCCAAGCUAGACUAGUCAGCGGAGGGAACGGAAAUCUCGUAGAGGGUGCCGGAGCAAGCGCAGGUGCUGGAGAGGCGUCUAAAACACCAAAGGAGGAACAAGAAGAUGUGGCCAUCAAAAAGGUCCUGCAGGACGCUCGAUUCAAGAACCGAGAGUUACAGAUCAUGAGGAUUGUUGCGCACCCAAACGUCGUAGAUCUGCGUGCAUUUUUCUAUUCCAAUGGAGACAAGAAGGACGAAGUCUUCCUCAAUCUUGUGCUUGAAUUUGUCCCGGAGACAGUCUACCGCGCUUCAAGACACUACGCCAAAUUGAAGCAGACGAUGCCCAUGCUGCUGAUCAAGCUUUACAUGUACCAAUUGCUUAGAAGCUUGGCCUACAUUCACAGCAUCGGCAUUUGCCAUCGAGACAUCAAGCCGCAGAAUCUGCUCUUGAACCCGCUCACUGGAGUCUUGAAGCUUUGCGAUUUCGGUUCAGCGAAGAUCCUCGUUGCGGGCGAACCUAACGUCUCUUACAUCUGUUCACGCUACUACCGAGCACCAGAGCUGAUCUUUGGAGCCACAAACUACACGACGAACAUUGACAUUUGGUCCACCGGUUGCGUAAUGGCAGAGCUCAUGCAAGGACAGCCUCUGUUCCCUGGAGAGAGUGGUAUUGAUCAGCUUGUGGAGAUCAUCAAAGUGUUAGGAACCCCUACUAGGGAACAAAUCAAGACGAUGAACCCCAAUUACAUGGAGCACAAAUUCCCGCAAAUCAGACCGCACCCUUUCAGCAAGGUCUUCCGACCCAGGACCCCAACCGAUGCCAUCGACCUAAUCAGCCGCUUGCUAGAGUACACGCCCAGCGCCAGAUUUACCGCAAUCGAGGCCUUGACCCAGCCGUUCUUUGACGAGCUCCGAACCGGCGAAGGUCGCAUGCCCAACGGCCGUGACAUGCCGCCGCUCUUCAACUUCACGAAAGAGGAGCUCUCCAUUCGACCUGACCUCAUCUCGAAGUUGGUGCCUCCUCACGCCGAAGCGGAAUUGCUCAGCAGAGGUAUCGAUGUCCACAACUUCACGCCGCUCUCACCAGAGUCGAUGCGAGUGACUCUCAAGUAGGCUUGUGCGACGGGCGAGGAGGCGGCAAUGCGAAGGCAACGGCGAUAAAAAGGGCCCAUCACUAGGAACGUGUGGAGAGCAGAGAGCAAGGACGGGGAGAAUGGUCGAUGCCGCGCGGACAUUCAUGUCCGGUGCUCUGCUGAUGCUUGAGGAAUGCAGAUGGCUAGGAAUCGAUUUGCGGGAGAGAGCUGUGUGCAUGCAGCUGGACCAGGAAACAUACGGGGUGCUGCUGCAGAAGUGCGACUAUGCCAUACUCCAUCUUCGCCUCCUCCCACUCACAUACUCGAGGGUCAGAUCUGUUCGACUUUGCCUCUCUCACACACGCUCCACCACUGAUCGUUCUCCUCCAUCCAAUUCUCUAUCAAGAAUUCAAAUCGUGUAGCAAGAAGCGAUGCUCGUUCCAUCCACAUCGGUGUCUCAAUGUCCAGAGUCUUCUUACUUCUUG